AUGUUUCCAGCUGCAUCUCUGUUGACGACUCUCCUCCUGGCCUUGUCCAUCGCGGCAUCGCCCGUUGAAGUUCGCAACUCCCCCGUCACCCUCCCUAUCGCCAGGAGGCUGAACACCUCUGGUGGUACCAUCAACCUCUUGCAGCACGACCAAUCUCGGGAUAGCACUCUUAGCCGUCGCACUGGUAGCAUUACUGUGACAAACGAUGCUGUGAGCUACAUCGCAGACGUUGGUGUUGGCAGCCCCGCCACAACCUACUACUUGAUUGUCGACACCGGUAGCUCGAACACGUGGGUUGGUGCCGACACCAAGUACGUGAAGACCAGCACCAGCGUCGACACCGACGAGCCUGUAGCGGUCGACUACGGCUCUGGCUCCUUCACUGGAACUGAGUACACCGACACCGUCACUCUCGGUGAUGGCCUCACCAUCACUGCGCAGUCGAUUGGUGUUGCUGCUACUUCGACGGGCUUCACCGGUGUUGACGGUAUUCUCGGCAUUGGGCCCCUAAUCUUGACAGAGGGCACUCUGACGGAUGAGCCGGACACGACGAUCCCGACUGUCACUGACAACCUGUACAGCCAAGGCAUCAUUUCUGAGAUAGUCGUCGGUGUCUCUUUCGAGCCCACCACUACAGAGUCAGACGCCAACGGAGAGCUCACCUUCGGUGGAGUCGACGCUACCAGGUAUACUGGCACUCUCGCAUACACUCCUCUCACCACCACCGAACCCGCAUCCUACUACUGGGGUAUCAACGAGAGCAUCACUUACGGCACGACGACCAUCUUGGCCGAGACGGCCGGUAUCGUCGACACUGGCACCACCCUCAUCCUCCUUGCCAGCAACGCCUACGACGAGUACAAGUCUGCAACUGGUGCUACUCUGGAUGAGUCAACUGGUCUGCUCCGUAUUACUACCACCCAGUACAGCGCCCUCAAGGACCUGAACUUCGUUGUUGGCAGCAACACCUACACUCUCACUGCGAACGCCCAGAUCUGGCCUCGUUCGCUUAACACUUACAUCGGUGGUACCACCAACUACGUAUACCUCGUUGUCAACGACCUCGGCACGCCCAGUGGCGAGGGUCUUGACUUCAUCAACGGCUACACUUUCCUUGAGCGCUUCUACGCUGUAUUCGAUACCACGAACUCCCAAGUCGGUUUUGCCACAACCGCAUACACAGAUGCCACCACCAACUGA